AUGCCGAAAUGUUUGCUAGAUUUAGAGUUGUGGUGGAAAGGCCCUGAGUUUCUUCACGAUAAUGAAAUAGUGUUUUCCGAAAUACCGAGUCUCAAAGACAGUUUUGUUGACGAUGAAGUUACAUGUCUCGUUUCAGCAGCGGAGACAGAUGAUUGGGAUCAUCGCGUUUUCGAAAUGUUUUCGAAUCUCAAUCGUCUUCUUCGAGUCAUCGCUCGUUGUAUCCGACUAUUUCGAAAUCGUGUCAGACCUCGAGACCGUAUUAGAAAUAAUUUUUUGUCACCAUACGAUUUACAUCUGGCAAAGAUAGCGUCAUUUAAACUCACUCAGAAACACAUCUUUAAAAAUGAUUUCGCUCUCUUGGAAAAUGGCCAAGUUGUUUCUAAGAAAAACAAACAUUAUUUUCUUCGUCCCUUCAUCGAUGAGCAGGGUGUUCUUCGUGUUGGUGGCAGGCUCGAAAAUGCCCGCAUACCAUUUGAGCAGAAGCAUCCAGUUAUUCUUCAUAAGAAUCACCCGCUAACAAAUCUUAUCGUCAAUGAAUGCCAUCUAAGCAACCUGCAUGCUGGAAUGCGACAAAUGACGUACCUGCUCUCGCUCCACUACUGUGUCAUCGGUAUUCAUCACGUUAUCAAACGAGUCAUCUAUCGCUGCACAACGUGCAUUAGACAGCGAGCGAUUCCAUUUCAACAACAAAUGGCCAGCCUACCGAGACAGAGAUUGGAACCAGGAGUUACCUUUGGCAACACGGGCGUGGACUACGCUGGUCCAUUUUUUGUCCGCUCGUGGAAGGGUCGAGGUGCUAAGUUGCACAGGGUUUAUAUUUCGCUUUUUGUUUGCAUGGCUACGAAAGCUUUGCAUCUAGAGUUAGUGUCGGACCUUUCGUCAUCUGCCUUCAUCGCAGCCUUGCGGCGUUUCGUUUCUAGGCGUGGAAGAUGCCAUUCUAUUUUUAGUGAUAAUGGCACUAAUUUCGUCGGCGCCAAUCAACAGCUACGAGAUUGGGCCAACCUACUCGAUUCAACAAAAUUUCAAGAAGAUGUCACCAACGAACUUACCACCAACGGAAUCACCUGGCAUUUCUCACCUCCCCAUGCUCCGCAUUUCGGCGGGCUAUGGGAGGCCGGGUUCAAGACCACUAAGUUUCAUCUACGAAGAGUCCUAGGUCAAUCAUCUCUAACAUACGAAGAGUUCUCCACCGUUUUGUGCCAAGUUGAAGCCUGUGCUAAUUCACGUCCAUUGUGCGCUCGCUUCGAAGGGGAUAUGGAUCCAUUAACCCCAGCGCACUUCCUAAUUGCACGACCACUAACAACUGUACCAGAUCCGAGUAUCUUAACAGCAGAGGACUCGCUGCGAGAUCGAUGGCAGUAUCUUCAACGUCUAGUCCUAAGCUUUUGGGAAAAAUGGUCUAAAGACUACCUUAUUCAACUUCGAAAGGGCCCAAAAUGGUUGGAGAAAUCGAAAAAUAUUCAGCCUAAUGAUGUGGUUAUUCUCAUCGAUGAAAAUCAACCCCCAUGUCGAUGGCUUAUGGGCCGAAUCGUUAAAACUUAUCCUGGCCGAGAUGGACUUGUACGAGUCGCUUCCGUCGUUACUGCUAAGGGUGAAUUCAAGCGUCCAGUCUGCAAGCUAUGUCCUUUACUACUUGGUUGA